AUGACGAUCAACAUUUUAUCUUAUCAUUUUCUUACAAUUUCUCUCUCCUUGGAUGAUGUAGUCUCUGUCUUCUCUGAUGGCAAAGAAACCAGCUUCUGUGACAACGUUUCUAAUAUCUGCUCCAUUGAACCCAUCGCUCAUCUUCACCAAAGCUUCAAAGUCAAACUCGCCUUGCUUUUUGAUCUUGGAAGUGUGAAUCUUGAAGAUCUCAAGUCUUCCGUUCUCGUUAGGAAGCGGGAUCUCGAUCUUUCUGUCCAAUCUUCCAGCUCUCAACAAAGCAGGGUCCAAGGUAUCUGGUCUGUUGGUAGCCAUGAUGAUCUUAGUCUGGCCCAAGUAGUCGAAUCCGUCCAUUUGAUUGAGCAAUUCCAUCAACGUUCUUUGGAUCUCUCUAUCUGCAGAAACUCUCCGAUAUAUUUGUCCACGAUUGCAGAUGCAGGCGAGAAAAUGAAAUUGGCUCCAAUAGUUGCCGCCACCGCCUUUGCCAAUAGCGUCUUUCCUGUUCCUGGAGGACCGUACAGCAGCACACCUUUUGGAGGCUUGAUACCGACUCUGAUGAACAGUUCUGGGUUCUUCAGAGGCAACUCGAUCACCUCUCUGAGCUCACGAACUUGUUCGGUCAAACCUCCAAUUCCUCCAAACGAAAUCUCGCCCGGCUCGAAUGUAGUCAUAUUGUACACCAAAGGAUCAACUUCACGGGGAAGAAUCCGCAUCACCGUUAAUGUAGUCAUGUCCAAUGCAACACGCACUCCUUUCUUCAAUUUUUCGCGCUUUAUGGUAGAACGACACCCCACAAUGUACCGUGGGCCAGAAGAGGCCUUCACUAUGAAUCUUUCCUCGUCCAAUUGUUUCAGCACCUCUCCGAUGAUCUGUCCAAUGGAUUGCAAUGCUUUAAUGUCAUCUUCUGUCUUUGUGAACUUCUUUUCCAGGUCUCUGAUUCCCAAACGGGCCUCUUUCAAACGAGAUUCCCAUUGA